AUGAACCCUCUGGCAGCUGUGGCAGCCACAGGCUCACUGCGGCACUCGCUCGCCCGGCUGGAGCUUGAGUCUCACGACACACGUGUCAAAAAGGUGCGGUUGGAUCAAGAUAACAACCAGACCAGUUCAAGCUAUGACUGCCACGUGAAGAACUACAUGACAUACUGGGCGACGUUCCAGGCCGAGCGCUGCCAGCGCGCACUGGGGGAAGUGCCUGUUUCGGCAUUCCCUGUCACCGCCCUCAAGGCCUCCUUCUUCCUGGAGUAUGAGAUGACGCGCGAAAAGCGCCGCCAGGGCAAGAACGAGACCAUCACGGGGUCGAACGUGGGCAAAUCCCACAUCUCGCAGGUCAUCAAUGCGCUCGAGAGCUGGCGUCACAACAAUGCCUACCUGUACAAGGAUGACCCCGAUGCGCAGAUGUCGUUGUGCACUGACAUCUGCAUCUGCACUGCAGAGUCAUUGGCCAAGCACCAGGAGCCGAAAUGCAUAGAGAAGGCACAAGCCUUGAAGGCCAUGGGGAGCUCUGGGGACACUUACACACCCGACGAGCUGAAGAGGUGCUCGAUUUGGUGCCUGAUGGACGUGUCGGGUGUCAAGUCAAUCUGGAUCGGCCUGCGCGACCGUGCGAUGCUCCUCCUUUCAUCCACGAUGGCUUUCCGUGGGGAAAGCUCAUGCAUCCUCAAGUGGUUGGACCUCUUUCUGUCGUCCAUCCCCAUAGAUGAUGUCCGCCUUGGGUACAGAGUCCCGGUGCUCGCCGCACUGGCAGACAAUGCCAAGCAUAAUCAGCAGGGCCGCCUGGAUGAGCAUGAAGCCAUCUGUCACCGUGAAGUCGAGCUGUGCCCAGUCGGGGCACUGGCAUUUCUCUUCUUCGGGUUCUUCCAUGUCCUUCACCUGCCACUCCCUAACCUGCUCCCGGACUUUGAGGACAAUGCGUGCGGUGAGUACGGCCGCGGCGACUGGUAUGGCUAUCACGUCUUCUGGGGAAAACAACCUGCGGCAGCUAUGUCAUAUGACAAUCACUGCGACCGGCUGCGGGGUAUUCACGAGGAGAACAACAUCUCAAUCAUGAAGGUCACGCAUGCCGGCAGGGCUUAUGCUGCACAGACGGCGCGUGCGCAUGAUGCCACAGUCAGCGGGACGAAAGCGCUCGGCGGAUGGAACGAAAAUGGCUCCUUUUGUCAGUGCUACGAGCGGACCUUCCCUGUCAAUGCCCUCCUCGGUGCUGCGAUGUUCAAUGGCUGCAAGCCUGAAAUGUAUUCACUCCCACGUGAUGCUCUCGAGCCACCAUCUGAACUCCUCGCACAAGUGUUCCUGUGGAUUGAGCAAAAGCAGGCUGCCCUUGAGACAUGCAUUCAAGACAACCCAUUGGCUCAGGACUAUGCCCUUUGCCACUUCCUCCGGCUCAUGCUGUGGUUGCACCGGGUGCUGCUGCAGGACACGGCGAUCCUGUGCACGAUGCAGCCCUCUGCCCCUGUGUUUGCAUUUGCACCCUUCAACACUCCCACCUUUCAUACCUUUGCCAGCCAGGCAAUGCCCGCCAUCUGGGAAGCCGAGGAGCAGGCCCGCGUGGCCUAUCAGAAUCUCCCCGAGCACCUGAUACGCAGCCUGCGUGGUGCCACCACCAAUGUGCUCAUGGAGCAAAAGAGGCAGCAUGAAGAGAGCAACAGGCAGAUGUCUGACAUGUCGGAGUGGAUCCUCAAGAUGGAGGGCAUGAUCGGCACGCUCCUGAACUCCAGGUCCACUCGAAGGUCCAAGAUAACUUUCGUGCCUCCCAAGCAAAGUCCGGCGGCCCCGGUGACAGCCCCUGCAUCAGUGCCUGCAGCAGCAGCCCUGCCAGUCAUCACAAUCAACUUCAACGGCAGCGACGGGCCUGUAAGCACUUCCGCAGUGCCUUCGGUCUCCACAUUGGUCAGUGCCAUAGCGAACGGUGCAGCAUCGUCCGACUCGACUGCCGCGUUGGAUGGCUCCAGUCGCCAUGUCGCUGCUGCGCCUGCACUGCCAUCAGUGUCGGGGAUGGUAGCGCCUUCUGUGGCACCCACUCAUGCAGAUCCACGCUCGGCCAGGCAGGAUGAGCUCCGGCAGAAGUAUGGUGAAGUCAUCUUCCAGAAGCAUGAGCCGUGGGUUUGGAAGCAGGAGUGGACGGAUGGGCUCGGUGGACAUAUCUCGGUGCGUGAACUGACAGAGAAGUGGGGCAACUGCUGGCGUCUCAAUGAUGCGGGACUCAAGACUGAAGGCGGGCACCGCAAAAAGAUCAUCGACCUCAUCACGGAGCUUUUGCAGAAGCCACGCUGGUCAAUCCAGCUGGUGCUUCGGUUCUUCAACGAGAAGUAUGGCCACUACAGGGUGCGCUCGUUUGCCGACUACCUCACCAAGCAUGGGGGUGCGGGUCGCCGCGAGGUGCUCCAAGUUGCGACACACUAUCCAUAG